ACCCAUCUUUAGGCCAGCAGUGACCUUGAGGAAUUAAAUACCCUCAAAAAGACUGACAUGGAAGGACGUGGGAACACACCAUGCUAAUCUCCCAAGAAAAUCAUCUAGUUAUGCAUAUAGGAGGAAACGUGAAUUGUUUGUUCGACGACCCGGCUGACGCCCGGCGCUACUCGGUUCCCGGGCCGAAUAGAAUGAAAUAUGCUACCGAAGCUUCCGAUGACGCGGACCACUGGGCCUCAGAAGGAAGAAAUAAUACUAGUGGAAUUAAAAUAACUGGAAUUAGAGACUCAUUACUUUCUGAACAUCGUAUUGGUACCUGGAAUACCAGGGGUUUACUGCACCCAGGAAAAUUAAGCAUCGUGGAUGAGGAAAGAGAACGCCUCAAUAUCUCGAUUUUGGGUGUUAGCGAGACUCAUCUUCGCGGGCAGGGCCAUUUUAGGACCACUUUGGGGAGCACUUUAUACUUCUCGGGGAAUGACAGUUGCAGUAAAAAUGGAGUCGGCUUCCUGUUACCACCUAAAAUGAACAAGUAUGUCCUCGGCUAUAAUCCGAUAUCUGACAAAAUUAUCACAAUGAAGCUGAAUACGAAACCAUGUCUACUCAAUAUUGUACAGGUCUAUGCUCCCACUUCGACAGCGUCCGAUGAAGAUAUUGACGAAUUCUACGGGACCCUAGAAAAAACGCUUGAUGAUAUACCUGGCCGCCAAAUAACUAUCAUCAUCGGCGACUGGAAUGCUAAGAUUGGCAAAAGCGAACCUGGCACACACUCCUCGGGUAUUGUUGGAAGGUAUGGCCUGGGCAUCAGGAACGAGCGUGGACAGAGAUUUGCGGAGUUCUGUUUAGGAAGAAAACUCGCCAUCAUGAACACUCUCUACCAGCAUCACCCAAGACGCCUCUAUACCUGGAGAUCUCCUGGGGAGCGAUACAGAAACCAGAUCGAUUAUAUUAUGAUAAAUACCCGCUGGAGGUCAUCUGUCAAAAAUGUAAAAACAUUCCCUGGUGCUGAUUGUGGCUCUGACCAUGUGUUGUUGGUGGCUGUGUUUUCUCUGCGGUUAAAGGUGAACCAUAAGUCCUCACGCCCCGUGACUAGAUCCCUGAACCCGUCACAGCAACUAUGCUUCCGGAACCUAACCGAAGAAAGACUGGCCGAGGCCCCACUGACUGAUACCACUGACGUCAAUUCACAAUGGAAACAUCUUAAAGCGAUUAUGAAUGAUUCCCUUAAGCAACUUGUCCCUAAAGGCAAUAAAGAUCAUAAGAGGAUGACAUGGAUCUCAGAGCACACAUGGAAUCUAAUUCAGAGGAGGAAGGAGACCAAAAUCAAAGGACUGCAGAACGCUGCCGUAGUAGGAAUACUCUGA